CGAAAAAAUCCCGCAAGAAGAUGUGAAUUACAACACAUCGCCUCAGAAGAUGUCAAGUAGCAGCACCACCCGGAGCAGGGCAGGUCUAUCACUUUGUAGUGGUGCAACCAAUAACGAGCGCUUCGUAGGGGGCGUGGGCAGCCCUCGUGUCGGCGAAGUCAUUUUCGAUCAGCAUCAACGUGAGAAUGAUAGUCGGCUCCCGCAGGGCUCAGGAGUCUUUCGUCCGAAGAAGCUCUUUGCGCAUGGGGAGGACGGGCUUCCCGCUAGUGUGUGCGAGGUGGCCAGCAGCAAAAGCAGCGGGGACGAUGAUUCUUGUGAGGACGAUGAUAUUUCAAGCAGCCAUCCGAGCGCACAUAACUUUACUGUAAGCCGACUAAGCAUGGGUGGAGAUGCCCUAGACCCGCGCUGGCUGCUCUCGCGUAAGCGAGGUGGUAGGGUAGGGAAGGUAGCACAGAGCGAUCUUGCGUCACUGCCACGAGGGAACAAGAGUAUUGCCGGGGCUUUUAGUAGUAAGACAAAUUUGGGGCUUCCAGAGUACCCUGACUUCCCUACUUUGCUCACUGCAGUCGCCAACGACGACGAGAUGCGGGACCCAGGCGGGCAUUCGCAGCGAUUUGUGGUGCAGAACAGUAGCGAGUCUGCAGGAGGAUCGCACUCAAGCGCAUCAUCAGGGCCAAGAAAGCGAAGCAGCUGGGAGGAUGACGCAUGCGGAGCCCGAUCUUCCAACGAUUUUGAUAGC